ACGUGGAAUGAAGUAGAUUGUAUAAUGGAAUGUUGGAGAAGUAUAUAUAUAAUGGAAUAUGGUCAUAUCAGAUAUGUCUUUGCAGGGUAAACAUUUCAGUGCAUGGGGUUUUGAGAAUCUCAGAAGUGGUAUAAGCCCCUAAUUUCUUUUUCUGUUUAAAUAUAGGUAUUAUAUGUUUUUUUACAGACAUUGUAAUGAUUCAACCUUUCUGUCCCAUGUUGAAAAGAAGUGGUGAUAGUGGACAUGCUUGAAUUAAAUUUAGGAGUAAAAUCUUUAGUACUUAACCAUUGAUUACAGUGUUUGCUAUAGGUCUUUUGGAAAUAUACUUUAUCAGAGCAAGGAAAUUCCCCUCUAUUAUAUUUUGCUGUUUUUAGGUGAGUGUUUACAUUUGUCAAAUGCUUUUUUUUUUUUUUUGCUGCUCUUGAGAUGAUCACGUGCCUUCACUUGUUAUUCUGUAAAUGUGGCAAAUCACAUUAAUCAAUUUCAAAUAUUGUUACACAUGUUCAUAAUAAAUGAUCAUUUUCACAUAUCACUGGAUUUGAAUUAGUAUUUUAUGAGCUUUUGUAUAUGUAUUCAUGAGGUUGAUUGAUUAUUUUCCUUUUUGUCAUGAUAUGUCUUUCCCAUCCUUUUAAUCUAUUCAUAUUUUUGUAUUUGAAGUUGGUUUCUUGUGGGCAGCAGACAAUUGGGUCUCUUUUAUUCAUAUUUAAAAUUUUUGCAUUUUAAUUGGCUUGUUUGCAUUUAACGUUAUCAUUGAUAUGGAUUGUGAUUAUCCUAACAAUUAAAACUUGUCUCCUUAACUUACUACUGUCUAAUUACCAUUAUAUGCUUUGAAUGUGUGUUUGGGAUUCUGUACAAUUGCUUUAAGUGACUUAUUUUUGCUCUGUGAAGAUAUUUCUAAAACAAUACAAAUUAAUGAUAAGAUAAAUCAUAAAGUACUCGUUUUAGGAAUAUUUUUUUAAAGAAUGACACUAAUAUGAAAAAUGAAGCCAGCUUUAUUAAUAACAUUUGUCUUCUUAAAGGGUCUCUUAUAUAUAUCCUCCAUAUCCCUAACUAAUUUUACUUUCCGUAACAAAUAAUAAGUCUCAGUUCAUGUAACUCUGACACCUCAGGAGAGAGCACUGCUGUUUCACUUCAUUUAAAUUCAAAUGCAGAAAUCUUUCUUUUCACCCUGGAAGUGUGUGUGCAUCUGCAGGGAGACAGGAUCCCAAGGGAAACAGAUUCCUAAGCGAAUUCUUCAUCUUUCCAGGCACAGGAGAGGAGCUAUAAUGGAGAUACCAUGUUCAUAAAGUCUUCCAGGGGGUUCCAGCCACAAACAGAGGGCAGUGAGAAGUUGAAGAGCCACACACUGCUUGAAAGUAGCUGGCUGGUCAAGAUCGCUUUUUGGGACAGACUUUCUCUGUAGGUAUGUUUGGGAACAGAACACUGGAAAACCAAACAUAAGUGACAAUUGACUUCAUGCACUGUUUAUUUCAGAGAAGGUCAUUGCACCCUAUAGACGCUGAAGUGUGAGGAUCCUGAAGAUCACUGAUGUCAGAAGAAUAUGUGUGUCAGCUGAGCUCCUGGAAGGCUAGCUUAGAUCUGUCUCUGGCAGUGAGGUUGACUGAAGAGGAGAUUUUGUCUUUGAAUAUUAGAAGCAUGCUGUAAGUGUCAGGCUUUCUCUCUAAGAAGAGAAAACAUAAUGGAGGCCUUGUCCUUGACCUUAUGGAGGCGUUUUGAUCAUCUGAGGAGACGUGACUUGUGAAGAAUUAGAGCUCCAAGCAGAGAGAUACAAGCAUAAAAAGGAACUGAAAGUUAUUUCCUAGAGAGUCCACAAGAGGAAGAUGGCUUUCAAAUUGGGAGGCUGGUGGUUGGGCAGAAUUAUGUUUAAAUAAAUAUGUUUAAACUGAAGAUAGUUAUAGAACCAGCCAAUCUGACACCUGAAGCUGAGCAGAGCUGUGACUUUGGCUGGCUGAGUUGAGGCAGCAGUCUGGGAUUAGGGUUAGUCUGAAUCAACGGUUAGGUCAAUAUCACAACUGAGGGUAGGUCCAUCAUUCUCAAAGUGCUGUUCCUGGAAUUGCAGCAUCAGCAUUACCUGGAAACUUGCUAUAAAGGUAAAUUCUCAGGGCCCACCCUAGACCUAUGAAAUUGAGAACCCUGGGGGUAGAGCCCAACAAUCUGCAUUUUAACAAGCUCCACAGGUGAUUCUGAUGCAUACUUACUUUUGAGAGCCAUGGGACUAAAUGAAAGACAAGCCUGAUGAGACACCCACGGUAUACAUUUGAAAAAAAAAAAAAUCUAACCUUGGUAGGGAGAUUUUUUUUUUCUGUGCCCUAGUUCCUAGAAGUGCCCCAACAGCAAGCCCAAAUAUCCAUCUGUAAGAGAUGUUUCUUGUCUUUUUGAGGGGAGCACAGCAGAAUCUGGCAACUUCUUUACCAGCGAUGGUUAAGAGGAUACUUAAAGAGAAUUGAAGCUCCUCAUAUCUUAGGGCAUGUUUAUGUAUUCCUUGAGUUCUUCCUUUGUCUUGGAAAACUCAUUCCCUCAUCUUUUCUCUUUUUACCAGGAAAUGAAGAGUAUUUAGUUAGCAGUUACUUACCAAACACACACAUACACACUCAAAAGAUACUACAGAGGUAUUUUUGUAUUCAUUUUUUCUCACCACUAACUUGUUCUAUACAUAUUUUUUCACCACCAAAUUGUUAUUUUUUUCCUUGAUGCUUUUUUCUUUCCAGGCUUUUGCUUAGUGUUGAGCAAGAGCACCAAUGGUUUAUGGUAGAACAAGGGAUGGAGAUGCUAAAUAAUAAAGGAAAAGAAUCAAAAUCAUUACGAUGCUUUUAAUAAUCUUUCGUUCUUACCUAUCUGAACUGUGCGUAUUGAGUGUUUAUUAUGUUGUGAGGUCCCUGGUGUUUUUCUCUGUUCUGUAAUAAAAAAAGACAAGUCUCCAUCAUUGGCCAGAGGGAGCGUGUUCUUUAUGAAAGAAAAGUAGGAAACACCAAUGAGUAUAAAAAUACUCAUUGAGUAGAGAGAAGUUUUAUUAACACUUUAUUAUCAGUAUACUCAGGAUAUUUAAGGAGCAAUGGGAAGGAAAGGUAUCCACCUAUGCACAAAAAUGGAAUAAUUGGAGAAAAUAUAUCCAAGAGAAAAUGUUCACUUGGGACAAAUAGAAUGUGACAAGUAGAAGUUAGAAAUUUGAGGGCAAGAUGGGAUUCUCUGAGAAGACCACGACACAUAAAAAUGCAAAGGUGAGACAAAGCAAAGCACAUUUUACAGGUGUAGCUGGGUCUGUGUGUGUGAAGGAAUUUGGGAAUCUGUCUGGAGUUGGAUCAUACUCAUAUUAAGGGAGUUAUUUUUAAUCCAUAAAGUUAUGAAUGUAAAGGAAAUGCUUUUAACAGGGAAGCGAUAUGCCUCAAUUUGAACAUUACAUUAUUAUGUCAGUACAAUGGUGGAGAAGCUUGAAAGCCUAGAAUGGAGGCAGAUCUGUUAAAGGCCAUUAAUGACACAGUCAAAUCCUGAAUUAGUGUCUGUUUUCUUUCAGCCAAUUCCAGGUCCAUCUACCAAUCAUGGUAUUGUUUCCCAACAACACAGUGACCCAGGUGACAGAAUUCCUAAUGAUCUGCUUUCCAGGGAUGCAGGACACACAGCACUGGCUGUCUAUACCUCUAGCUCCUCUCCUGGUUUUGGCCCUUGGGGCCAACUUUGUGUUAUUACUUGCCAUCCGACAGGAGGCCUGUCUGCACCAGCCCAUGUACUACCUGCUUGCCAUUCUCUCCAUGCUGGAUGUCAUCCUCUGCCUCACAGUCAUUCCCAAGGUCCUGCUCAUCUUCUGGUUCAACAUGAAGCCCAUCAGCUUUGCGGGCUGCUUCCUGCAGAUGUUCAUCAUGAAUACCUUCCUUCCCAUGGAGUCCUCCACCUUCCUGGUCAUGGCCUAUGAUCGCUAUGUGGCCAUUUGCCACCCACUUCGCUACCCAUCCAUCAUCACUGAACAAUUUGUCAUUAAUGCAGCCAUCUUUAUUGUCUUCCGCAAUCUUUUGGCCACACUGCCCACCCCAGUUCUGGCUUCCAGGCUUACCUACUGUGCCAGCAAUGUGGUGGAGAACUGUAUCUGUGCCAAUAUAUCUGUAGCAAGGCUCUCUUGUGAGGAUAUUCACCUAAGUAAGCUCUAUCAAUUUGUGAGUGUCUGGUGCCUAUUAGGGUCUGAUCUGGUGCUCAUUUUGCUAUCCUACUGCUUCAUCCUGAGGGCUGUGAUGCAUCUGAACUCAGGGGGUGCAGCCACCAAAGCCUUGAGUACUUGUAGUUCUCAUCUCAUCCUUAUACUUUUCUUCUACACAUUGCUUCUUGUCUUCAUCUUCACAAACAAAGCAGGAAAGGAAGUGCCCUCAGAAGUGCCCAUUCUUCUCAAUGUCCUGCACCACGUCAUCCCACCAGCUCUCAACCCCAUAGUUUAUGGGGUACGAACCCAGGAAAUCAAGCGGGGGAUUGUCAAGCUACUAAAGUAACAGCGCUGAGCCUGUGAGUCAGAACUCAGGGAGUAUAGACGUUUGAGAUGUUUUAGUGACUGUUUAGAUAAACAAGUAACACAUCCGCGCUGCGACCUUCAUCUUGAAAUCAAACCUUCCUCAACUUAUAUCACAUUAUUUACUCUCACUACCACCUCUGCAAAUCCUUGUUGAACCAUUUAUGUAUCCAUUUUCUUCUUCAUAUGGAUCUCUUGUUCUUACCGAUUCGCCAAUUACUCAUUAAUUAAAGAAGUAUUCAACAUCUUCCAUGUAAUUUUCAGUCUUUUUAUUCUGAGUGCUUAUUAUUCUUAGUUCAUACAGCAAGGGAUAUGCCAGAGUGAUAAGGGUAGAGUCAGGGAAACCAGUGAGGAUUUUAUUUCAAUAGUCCAGGUGAGAAAUGAUAAUGGCCUGUGCUGAGGUGGUGAGUGAGACUUAAAGUGUAGGUCACAAUAUUGGCAGAGGUUCCAUAUUUAGGGGAUAAAAGAUGGAGAGAAGUAAAGGACAAGACCAAGGAUUUAGCCAGAGCAAUUGGAAAAAAUACAUUUGUUAUUAAAUGAGGAGGUAGCUUGGCAUGGAAUAUUAAAAGUUCAGCUUUGGACACUUAAUUCCAUUUCCACAGAAGACUCUUCUCCUCAACUGUACUUUUUAAAUUACUAAUAAAUACCCAAAUGAUGAAGUAAAAAUAAGCAAUUGGAGAUACAGUACUUGUCAGGGGCGAGGUUUAAACUAGAGACAGAAAUUUGAGUCAUAAGAAUAUAGAUGGUAUUUAAAACUUUAAAUCUUAAUCUAAAUGACAGUAUUGUUUACUAAUAAAAUUUCAUAUGUUGGUUUUAUCAAAUACAUGAAAAAUUAUGCAAUUUUUUAUAAGAACAAACAUUCAUUAACAUAAUUCAGCAGAGCAAUGGAAUUCCUAUAUUCAAAAUGGAAGAUAGAAAUUUAAUGCAAGGUUUAAGGACAUUCAUAGCAAGAUGUGAUCAAAUACUUAAUCGAUGGAAAGAAAGAUGAAACCAUUCACUAACAGAGUUGAAUAUCUAACCCCCCCACUCCCCAGUUCCUGGAAUCCCUAGUAAAGUGUCUGGGGAUAGUUUGUUUCUCCCUACAUCUGGAGUUUAUGGCUCUACCCCCAGUCAGAUUCAAUCAUCUUCUACCAUAUGGCUCAGCUCUGCCCCCAGUAGUGUCCAGUAUGGGACUGAUGGAGGAUGAAUCCCUGUAACCAAUCAGCAUUUGAGGCAGAUGCUUUAGUAUUGAGCCACCAUUCCUAUUAAACUUAACCAAUACAUAACAUCUCUGUGUGGUAGCACUUGCUUUCUAGAGCUAUUAUGACAAUAGAAA